AUGAAUAUCUUCAGGUUAUUAGCCGACUUUUCUCACCUCGCGUCCAUAUUCAUACUAUUACAGAAGAUGAAGUCUUCAAGUAGUUGUUCAGGACUUUCAUUUAAGUCCCAGGCGCUAUAUUUGAUGGUUUUUGUAACGCGUUAUCUUGAUUUGUUCUGGGCUUUCACGGACUCCUUUUACAACACGACUUUCAAAAUCUUGUUCAUCGGCUCGUCGGCUUACAUCAUUUACCUCAUGCUCAACGACUACAAGCCAACGCAUGACCCCAAUACUGAUACCUUCAAAGUGCAGUAUCUCCUAGGGUUUAGUGCUCUAUUGGCUCUCCUUUUCCCGCAUGAUUAUAGCGUCUCAGAGAUUCUCUGGACGUUCUCUAUAUGGCUCGAGUCCGUGGCUAUCUUGCCCCAACUUUUCAUGCUUCAGCGCACUGGGGAGGCAGACACCAUAACGACCCAUUAUCUUUUCGCUUUGGGAUUGUAUCGCGCCCUUUACAUCCCUAAUUGGAUCUAUCGCUAUUUUGCAGAGAGUCACUUCCAACCCAUCCCUGUCGUAGCCGGUAUCGUCCAGACACUAUUAUAUUCGGAUUUCUUUUAUAUCUACUACACCAAGUGA